UCUAAUCAGCUGGUCUGUUAAAAUUAACAUGUAUAGUGUUAGGACUCGAAGUGUAAAAAGAAAUCAACAAAAGUUUAGUUAAAUACACCUCGGCGGCAGCAAUUCAAUAUGUUUUAAUUACUGUGCAACAUUUAGUUUUUAGAAGAUUGUGCAUAUUUUACAUGAAAUAAUUAUGGUGAACAAGCAGGAAUCGUUAUUGGGAGCCAUAACAUUUUUUGCUAAGGUUCAUGCUGGUGAAGUAUGCGGCACAAAUGGCUUACCAUUGACACCGAACUCCAUAGCCAUUUUGGGUAGAUCCCAAAAACUCAAGGAGCUUAAGCAUGCCAAUUUAUGUCAGUAUUUGGAUGUAAUACGUGGAAAACAUGAGCGCACAGUUGUUGUUUCGGAAUACCAUGGCACACCACUGCAAAGUAAAUGCAGGGAUAGCUUAAAUACAUCUCUAAUACUAAGAAUAUUUUAUCAAAUUGCUGCCGCUUUGAAAGAGCUUAAUGAACAUAAUAUAGUCGCCCAUAAUCUCGAACCGAAAAAUAUACUCCUGGAUGCAUAUGAUAAUGUGAAAUUAUUUAACUAUGGCUUAUACUACAUGACUAAGAGCGGAGAACAUGUUCCCUUUCCCAUUGGCAAUAUCAAAUAUAUGCCACCUGAGCGUUUGCUUGGCAUCAAAAAUAAUUUCAAAAGUGAUGUCUGGUCCCUGGCCAUGAUUGUUGCGGAGUUGCUGCUGCAAACGACGUUCUGGCCAAAUCUGAAAAUAUCAAACAUUUCACGUAAGAUUCUCUCAUUUUGCCAGUCAACAAAUAUUUUUGAGAAAAUAGCCAGAGAACACAAUAAAUUGGAUGCAUUCCAAGCACUGGAUGCUGAAUUGCGAAAUCUUUUGGAACAAUGUUUGGCUGUAAAGCCGUCAGAGAGACCACUACCUAGUGAUAUACUAAAUCAUUCAAUAUUUAUUAAGAAUCUCGAUUUGUAUUUGGUCACGCCCAUAGAAAAGUCAUCGACACUCUUAUUACGCAUGCCUUUGGAACAGAUCUACUACUGGUGGCAACUAGCCGGUGGUGAUGUUCAGGCGGAACUUAAAAAAGAAGGACUCAUACGUAGUGAGGCUCCCAUCUUAUCUAUACCGCAAAUUGUUUGUCUCAACGGCAACAUUGUGGGUCCAAAACGUAGUCAAUCGUAUCUAAUGGACGAUCGUGUGGUUAAUCUAAAACUACACAAUCUGAUUGAUCGACUAAAGAGAAUACCAGCUAUGGCUUAUUAUCCUCUGAUACAUUCCCCAAAAUUUCCUUACAAUUUUGGUCUGGGUAUGGAUCAGUUGCCACUAGUCAUACGUGAAAAGGAUAUUGAGUAUCAGUUUUAUAGAGUGCGUUUGUUUUCGCGUUUACUGAAGGGUUAUCCUUACACCUCGGAGAUGAUAAGAAAAGAGGCUGCCAUUGAUAUACCACCUUUGUUAAGGGGUCCCAUAUGGGCCUGCCUUCUGGAAGUUAUACCAAAUGGAAGUUAUGACAAAAUAGACAAAUUUACACCCACCUCAACUGAUCGGCAGAUUGAAGUUGAUAUACCACGCUGUCAUCAGUAUGACGAACUACUCUCAUCACCGGAAGGUCAUGCAAAAUUGAAACGUCUGCUAAAGGCUUGGGUAACUGCCCAUCCCCAUUAUGUCUAUUGGCAAGGUCUCGACUCACUAACAGCACCUUUUCUAUAUUUGAACUUCAAUCAUGAGGAGAUAGCUUUUCAUAGUGUCUACAAGUUUAUACCGAAAUAUUUACAAUGGUUUUUUCUCAAAGAUAAUUCAGCCAUUAUAAAAGAAUAUCUGUGUAAAUUUUCACAACUAACAGCAUUUCAUGAACCAAUGCUAGCCCAACAUUUACACAAUAUUGCUUUUAUACCGGAAUUAUUUGCCAUACCAUGGUUUUUGACCAUGUUUUCUCAUGUCUUUCCAUUGCAUAAAAUUCUCCAUUUGUGGGACAAACUAAUGCUGGGCGAUAACUCAUAUCCUCUCUACAUUGGCAUUUCUAUAUUGAAACAAUUGAAGUCUACACUUUUGGCUUCAGGUUUCAAUGAAUGCAUUCUAUUGUUCUCAGAUUUACCAGAUAUAGUUAUGGAAAAUUGUGUGGUGGAGUCGCAGAAAAUGUAUGAUUCCACACCAAAGAGUAUAUCCCAUCGAUUUCAUGUGGUCAGAGAGCAUGAACUGGGGCCAUUUGAUAUAACGCCUGAUGUCACCUUAGCUCAAAUGCAAAAGGAAAUGUCGCCGCGUAUCAGUGCCAAUGAUCUGAAUGCCAUGCUAAAAUCUGAUCCAAACUGCAUGCUUUGCUUAGACAUAAGAAGUCCUUCGGACUUUAAUCGUGUUCAUUUACCAGAUAGCAUUAACAUACCAUUUAAUGGUAAAAACUUGGGAGAGGAGAAAAAAUCCUUGGAAACCCUAAACGAACCACAACUGGAGGAGAAGAUGAACAAUCGCAUAAUUAUAUGUAUAAGUAAUGUACAUGAACAUGCCGUUGAGUUCUCCAGAUUUCUAGUGGAAUGUGGUGUGACUCGAGUUUGCAUUUUACAUCAAGGAUUCAAUGUUCUACAUUCAAUAGAACCGAAUAUUUUAGUUUCGCAUUAAUCUUUUCAAUGUAUAAUUAUUUAUCAUAAAAUUUAGUUAAAUUGUUUACAAGCUUCAAUUAUGUAUUACAUUUUCCCACAAUUUGUACAUGUGAUUUAUUAUAUUAAAUAUUUACAUCAA